AUGGAGCCAAAGUUCUUCGCAAGCUUCCAUACAAUAAUGUCCGCGAGUCUUUCCGCAUCUAGCUUUGAAGAUGUGGGUACAAUUAUGGCCCAUUUAGUGAACAAAUCAACAAAUAUGACAAUAGCAUUGCCUUCAAUAAAGUCCAUACUGAUUCAACCCGUACGGCUUAUGCCGCGGUAUCUUGACGCGUUGGCAAACAUCGCAGGUCCUCACAUAUUCUGCAAUCUCAUCGCUCAUACCAUGCCACGAGUACUUGCGUUUGAUCGCUUCGAUGGUUUUGUCACGUCCAAAAUGGCCACCUUGGGGAUCAUCGUGGUUCAUUUUCAUUAUUUCAUGCCUUACGGCCUUGUCUUGCGGUACGUAGACUUUACCAUCUUUCCUGAGCAGGCCAUCUUUGUCUACUGCCCAGGUCGAACGAUCACCUACGCUAGCGUCACCCACCUCUAG